UUGGCAAGCCAAAGGUUUAGAUCCGCUCCUCUGCUCAAGAGGGGAUUGGAACCGUGGCUAGCAAAGGUGAUUCAUAUGUGGAGACAUUGAAUUAGAUAUUCAGUUUAGUUCAUAUUACGUAAACUUUAGAUAGCCUAGUAGGUACUCGUAGAUUCAGAAUACCAGUCACGGGUCUGAUAUAAUAGGACAAAAUGGCUGUUCGAGUGUUGGACCCAACAGAGUAUGGCAAGUUGGAGAAGGACUUGGAGACUGCCCUACCUGUUUCUUUGGGGGUUUUCACUCACUUCAAAUUGCUACAGAGAGGAAUACUGACUGACAAAACAGUCCUGGUGGACAGUUGGCCAGAGUUCUCUGCUCUUGUUAUUGUUGACAGCAAGAAAAAAGAAACUGCGGCUUGGGCAAUUGGUUUCUGUAAAGAUCCAGACUUUUGCCAAUCCCUAGAAAAAUUAUUGCGCCAUGCCUCCAAAGUGCUAGCAUCACCUUUAGUCAUUGCAGGGUGUACGGAAGAUGUGGUGGAUUCCUUGGUUAACUUAUUCAAGUCUGCAGAGUCCAGUCCAAUUAAAAAAGCGGGCGGAACAACAUACGUCUAUACAUUUCCACCUGAUAUGAUUCUGCCUUUAAAAAUUCCUGAUGGAUUCAAGCUAUCCGAGUUACAGCAAACUCACGUAGAAAAUGUAAGAAAUGCAUGGCCUUAUAGGGACGAAUUUGAACAAUACGCAGAUCUGAGACAAUGGAUACGUUAUCACUUUGAUAAUUUUCCAACAGUCUGCAUUGAAACCGAGGACGGACGCCCUGUUGCCUGGGAGUUUCAGCAGGAAUAUGGUGCAGUCGGCAUGUUACAUGUCGAGCCAGAGUACAGAAGGCUCAAACUGGGAAGUGUGGUAACAAGGAUACUGGCCCAGAAAUUGGUAAAUGACGGACAAUUGGUGUUUGCUUGUGUAGAUGACAGAAAUGAAACAUCUGUGACUUUCUAUAUACGCUUGCCAUUCAAAUAUUCUUUUGCAGUUUACCACUUGUAGUUUAACUGUAAAAAUAUUUCAUCGACAGAUUGAUUAAUAAUAUGUUGUAUAUGUUGUUUUUUUUUGUCCCAGUUUAAAAAUUUUGCACUCAUAUAGGGAUGUCACAAUAUACCGGUGAAGGGCUUCAAAUUUAGAUCUAAACUUGGCACUCGGGUCCAUUCUCAGGGCCAUUGAGCAGUGAGAGUUCUUUAUCAUGCCACCCCUUACGUGUCAAGAGAGGUCUUAGGUUUGACUCGCCACAGCGAAGGAGAAUCGAACCCCGACCUCCCGAUCACGAAGCCAAAGCCCCACCACGAGGCUACCAUGACCACCGAACAACAGAAAAGAGAAAUAACGCAGAGCACGUAAAACGUAUAGGAACAGCGGAAUUAAAAGAAAUAUUUAUCCUUUGGAUCAAGUCAAGGUAGUACCUAUACUUGAUCCAAAAAAUAUUUUCAAACAAACUGCAGGAUCCAGUAAAUGUUCUAACAAGCCCCUUUCUUUACUCCUCAUAAAAAUAUUAACCGGUGUGAAGGAGAAACUUCAAACAUACUAUGCGACAACAUAUUCAAGAAAUCAAAUGUGAAUUCUCAAAAAAAAAAAAGAAACAAAAAAAAAAAAACUCCAAAGAACGUCUAGAAAAUUCAAAAUCGCUUAUUCUUCUAAAAUUAAGGGUAUCAAAACAUAUUUCUGCAACACUUUACAUUUCUCAUGAUACCUUAGAGAGAAGUCAAUUUGAAGUCAUAGACAAAUGCUUCUUCGAGAAAAAAAGGUUAUGGAAAUGUUUAUACCAUGUUAUUAAUAAUCAUCAACAAAAUGACUUUGUAAAAAAAAAAUUAAUCAGAUUUUAACCCUAACCCAGAACCCUGAAAUUCAUAUCAAAAAGAUGCUGUAGUUCCUCAUUGACUCAUAGUCUAUAGAGACCAAUCUUCCAGCAACAUAUCUGAAUUUCUAUGGGAGCAAAUUGUGCUCCUUUAUUAGCUGAUAUCUGUUUUUGUAUUCUCAAUACCUAGCUGAGAUGAAUAAACUCUUGCUUAAACUC